UGAAGAAGGCAGCCCCACAGUAGCAGUUUAUAGCUUCCCAAAAAUGAGUAACCGUCACUCCCACACCGUAUCUCACUCGAUCUCGUCGCCAAAAGCCCCACCCGUUAUGCUGGACCGAACCCUCUCUUCCCGCCGCUCUCAGCCCCACCUCGAUUUCGACUUUCCCUCCACCGCCGCAUCUUCCGCCGUGUCUCCCGUCCCCGAAUCCUCCACCUCACUCGCCGACGAGUCCAAAACCAAGAAGCCACCCCUCUAUCUCGUGGCCACCAAUUACAUUUCUCGCUUCGGUCUCGUCAAAUCGCCGUGUCUCUGCCUCUCCCUUUGCCUUCUUCUCAUUGUUUUCGCGCUUUUCUCUUUGCUGCUAAACUCUCGCUCCUUCGUUUGCGUCUCGUCUUAUGACCCGAUCUCUCGGGUCAGUCUCUUCGGUCUCGACGGGGUUGACUCCGAUUUCGGAUCCCUUGGCGUUCCUUGGUGCAGAUCGAAACAUGGAAAAACAGUUGAAUGGACAUCCAAAGAUUUAAUCAAUGGCUUGGAGGAGUUUGUACCAAUAUAUGAAACUCGUCCUAUCAAAAACAAUCUGUAUGGGAUGGGUUUUGACCACAGCUUUGGGCUUUGGUUCAUUACCCGGUGGCUAAAACCAGAAAUAAUGAUUGAGAGUGGUGCGUUCAAGGGGCAUUCCACUUGGGUUCUGCGGCAAGCAAUGCCUGACACACCAAUUAUCUCGCUCACACCCCGACAUCCUGAGAAGUACUUGAAAAAGGGCCCUGCUUAUGUUGAUGGAAAUUGUACAUACUUUGCUGGAAAAGAUUUUGUGGAUUUUGGAAGUGUUGAUUGGGAGAAGGUACUUAAGAUUCAUGGAAUUUCUGAUUUCAGCCGGGUCCUUGUCUUUUUUGAUGACCAUCAAAAUGAACUGAAAAGGCUAAAGCAGGCAUUGAAAGCUGGCUUUCACCAUCUUGUUUUUGAAGACAAUUAUGAUACUGGAACAGGAGAUCAUUAUUCAUUGAGGCAGAUUUGUGACCAGUUCUACAUAAGAGGGGGUGGCCAUAGCUGCUUUAAGGACAGUGAUGAAGCCAGAAUUCGAUCAAAAAGAAAGAAGUUCUGGGAGAAGGCUGUUGAUAUAGAUGAACUUUGUGGGCCACAUGAAGCAUGGUGGGGUGUUAGAGGGGAGAUGCGAGAUAAUUUUAACCACAAUAAGACCACAAUCUCUUAUGGUGAACAUUUUCAGAAUAGCAGGUUUGUCGAAUCGAUUCUUGAUGUUUAUUGGGAGCUACCACCAACAGCUGGUCCAUCUUUGACCCACCAAACUCGAUAUGAUCCUGGCCGUGCACCUCCUCCUGUUGUUGAAGAUGGCCGAUAUCGAAUGUUUCAGCGGCUUGGUUUAGAUAGGCUUGAGAGAUCCGUAUUCAAUGGAUAUACACAGAUGGUAUAUCUGCAAAUUUCCAAACCAGAAUCUUGAAAGUAUCCAGGAUCAGAUCUCGUUUAACUUACGUAGAUGGAACUUGUGCCACUAUUUUUUAUUACCUCAUAGCAAGUUAUGAUUAUUUUCUUGUUAAUUUAUUUUUUUUAGGGAAAAAAGUUGUCCAAUUUUUUUGGAUUAUGCCCUGAGAUGUCUUUCCUGUGUAAUUUACUGACGUGAGAAUCAAUGUUUUUCACUUAAA